AUGUCGUCAUCUUUAAACAUUUUCGAAAGAGCUGUGCAGGAUCCAUUUUCUGAAGCUUGUGAUAAUGAGGAUGAAGAAGAAUUUCUAACGUUUAACGGUAAUAGCAGAAGUGCGGGACUAGAUUCCAGGAGGCUCAAUGACUCUAAGGAAGGUGAUAAUGAUUAUUUAGAGUGCGAGGAUGCAAGGAAGGCAUUCGCGAACCUAAUAACGGGAGAAAAGCCAAAUAACAAUUUUGAACCUCGUUCGUCGUCGAAUAACUAUAAAUUAUACUCUCCUAACCUUAAUAUAGAGAGCUCCACUCCAAAUAAGAUUCGUUGGAAGAACAGACCUCAUAACUUGGAACUGAUGAAGAUAAGAACAGCACCUCACAGGAUUGGUGGAUUUCCUCUGGGGACCUCUAAUAUGCCACAUGCAGUUUCACAGGAGGAUCUUUCACCAGUUGCGGGGUUCCCACUGAGAAGAAAUAGAGCAAACAGCAGUUCAUUCAUUCAUCAUUUAUCUAGGCAGACAACGGGCCAAUCCAAUACUAACCAAAAUCAACAGUUAUCUAGGGAACCAACAAACGUUAAUGCAUCUGCCACAAAAUUGACAAGAUCAUAUUCAUUGACUCAUCAACCUUUUAGGAAGACUUUACCAAGACAUUCUUCCUGUUUUGCAAUACCGACACAUCUUUAUGGCUUGGAAAAAUACGUUUUAUCCGAAUUGGAUGCUUUAUCCACCAAAGAGUGUAAUAAUGGAGAACUAGAAUGUAAUAAAAAAUCAAAUAUUCAUAAUCAUACACAUCAGCAUCAUCAUCAGCAUCAGCAUCGUCACAAUUUGGAAAAGAAAUUGCCAUCAAACAUAAAGAACGACCUCGCAUCAUCAAAGACCAUUUCAUCGGCAUCAUUCUCUUCAGAAUCAUCAUCUUCAGAAUCACCUAAUAACAGUAAUUCACUAUUCGAUCUUAACAUUACUCAGGAUGUUGUUAACGAAUUACCAGAUAGCUAUUCAAGACCCACCAUGAGUUCAAGAUCAAGCGAUAGCACGUCUCCCGUUUUAAAAUCUACAAGACCACUCUUGAAGAAUCAUAGGAGGAAGUCCUCCAUUAGACUAUCUUUGGAGAAUUCAUUUUCUCCAUAA